UAUAAGGGUUUUCCUCCGAGGAAAGGCCCAUGCAGAGUGGAAAAUCACAAGGGCCGGAGAAAGGAGAGCAAUGAAGCAGGAUGAGCACUAUAUGGAUGAGAGACUCUUACUCUGGGGCAAAGAUGACAGUGAUCCACACCAGGGCAUACCUAUCCUCAGUAGAGGUCGACACCGCUAUCCUUUCCAUUUUCAGCUGCCAGACACCACAUUACCAUGUUCAUUUGAGAGUAAAAUAGGAAAUGUGCGCUAUUAUGUGCGGGUGACAGUCAACAUUCCUUACGCUUCGUGUCCACAAUGCAUUCGCUACUUCUCCAUCAUAGGCCCCAAUAUUGAUUGUGUGGAUGAAAGAUUUUUGGUUCCAGUGCAAGCAGUUGCCAAAAGAAACUCGUGCAGCUUAUGCUGCGGAAAGGGCCCUCUUCUUUUGAGGGCGUCACUAGAAAGAACAUCGUUUGUGUGUGGAGAACCAAUCAAACUGAAAGCUGAAGUACAGAAUGGUGGGGAUUCAGAGGUGUGGGUCUUGUGUAAACUCAUACAGUAUGUGGAGUUUUUCAUCAACAAAGGUGUCUUGGGUUUGUCUAAAGAGGUGCGUCAUACUGUUCUGGAAGCAGAGAGUGACAAAGUGCCUCCGCAUGACACUGCUCAACUUGAUGAGCUGAUGAACAGGCUGAUAGUGCCGGUCAUGCCUCCAACCAUGAUUGAAGUCUGCGGGCUCGUACAGAUUUAUUAUACUCUGAAGCUGUAUCUGGAGACUUCCAAAGGGAAGGGAGAUGCAGCUGAGAUCAAUAUGCCCAUCACUAUUGCAACAGUGCCAUUUAGAAUACCAAAUGCCCCUCCUCCGGAUAUCCUUUACGAGUCUGCCAACCCGAAUGUGGAGGGAGGCAUGUACAUCAGUCCGGAGUUUCAACUGGGACAAGUCUACAUGGGGGAGGAGGUGGAUCCUGAGACUACCAUUCUCUACAGACCCAUGUAUGUGUGUGUCACGGGAGAUCGGCCAUCAUCAAACUCUGAUGCACACCUGUUACAGGUUCCCUCACGACAAGCUUGCAGAAGCAGAGAAAAUGUUCGAGGCAGCAGAGAGGCCCUCCAAGAAAACAUCAUUUGUAGCCAAAACGUGCCACAGCAGCAACAAAUGGUCAAACUGUUUCAAGUUCAUGAUGAAGGAGGAGAGAGUUCCCGGAAAGCAGGAAAGCCCGUAGUCGAAGACAAGUUCUUGAAGGAAAUCACUGCAAAAAUCGCGAACCGUCAAGUCAAUGGAAAUGAUGAUGAAGAUAAAUCAGGAGUAACCUCUGGCAGUCCUCCUGUGCCAUGUGAGAUUGAGUCUCAGGUGCAUCUCAUGCGGAAACAACUCGUGUCAAAAGACAAUGUACACAAAGCCCUGGUCAAUGAGUUGCGCAAACAUUUGUCAGAGGAUGAAGGUGCUGAAAAACCACACCCUGGUUUGAAGAAAGUGCCACUCAAGAAGGUGCCAGAUUCAUCAGGUGCAGGAGUCGAGUACAACAAACAUUUGAAAACUGAAGGAGACAAAGGCAUCGGUCAUAUGCCAAGUGCUGUCCCUGAGUUUCCUUCACACAAAGACCAACAACAUGGUGACAUUGGUCAGUCUCAAGCUAUGAGUUCAGAAGUACACACAAGUAGUUUGAACUCCUCUCUUGAGCAUGCUGAAAAGUUACUGGAGAGCAUGAGUGAGCUGGAAGACCAGGAGGUCGAAGUGGAAUAUUCAGAGCAUUCAGCAUUAAUCAGCACUCGUGAAAUUGUUGAAAACAUGGAUGUAGAGGUUCAAAAAAUGGAGAAAAGAGCAAGCUCUAAGAGUCCUGUCUCUGACUUUAGAGCUAGUUAUGAUGAAUCUAUGCAACAGUACAUUGAAGAGCUUCCAUCACCUGCCGAAGAGCUCCUCUCUACACCCACUGCGCCACUCAUUCUUUCAGACAUGACCAUGGCAACUGAUAACACGGAAGGCUCCACUAUCGACAGCAACCCUGUAGUCAGUGUUCAGCCAAUGUCUUCAGCAGCCAAUCGUAACAGCAGCAGCUCAAUGCACACUGAUUCAGCUGGUGUUGGCGGGGAGAGGAUGGUUCGUUCUCAGCCCCAAGUGGCACCAAAACCAAAGCAGGGAGCACGUCACUCUUUUCCUGCAUCUGGAGCCUUUAUUUCAGAAAGUGGAGAACUGACAGUGCAGGUUACAACAAGGCCUAAGAGCCAGGUGGUGGAAGGUUCUAGAAGUGCCCAAGAUGAAGUCAAGGAUAGUAAUGCAUAGAAUGUCACAUCGCGUCUAUCAUUUCCCUUUGUGUCACGCAUGCUGUUAGGUCACCUUGAACUUGUACAUAGAUCUUUACCUCUCUGUCUUGUCAGCUUGACAAAUGUUGGAUUUCCUUCAUUUUGCUUGUAAAAUUUGUCAUUUAUUAUUUGAUUAAUUAUAUGAACUUUACUGUCUCAAUAGAAAAUGUUACAAAGACAUGUUUUAGAUUUUGUUAAUAGUUUUGCAGACUUUUGAACAUUUGGUGACAUUUUGAUUUAUUUCAUUGCCCCAUUAUGAAAAGCUUGUAAUGUAUCUUUCAUUUAUCCUUACCUACCGCUUGUACAUAAUUUCAUUGAACCCAUUUAGUCUUGUAUAGUUGAUUCACUUGCCUAGCAAAAUAGGUCAUCUCAAUUUUCCAUGCACAAUUGUAUGUUAAAAGCUUUGAGAAAUAAUUAAGAAUGUAGUUUGAGAUUCUUACUCAAUACCAUAGUUUCUAAGCUCACAUUAACAACAAAAAGUUUUCUUUUCCUUUUUUUCAAGAUGGCACACAUUUUACAAGUUCAAGGAACUUACUUCUUAGAAUUGUUGCACAUUUUCAUACGAAAGUAGAGAACUGUUUCAGAAUUUUGUUUACUCUACCUAUACUUUUUUAGAGCAUUUUCAUAGUUUUUGACUGGUUAAUCCUGCUGCCUGCAAUUUGUGAAGGUGAUGGACAAAGCCCGAAAAUGUACAAAUAAUGGAGAGAAAAUGUACACUGGUGUGGUAUACUUUAUAUUAGCUUAUUUUUAUCUUCAUUUUUAGUCUUUAGAUUGCACGGUAAUUAUUAGAAGUAAACUGGAAGUGCACAUGAAUUCUCUCAACAACUAACGUUUUCUGAUUGCUUGACCUCCUCUCUUUAGAACUGAAGGAAAAGUAACAGCUCUAACAAGUUUAGUCAUUGAUUUUAUAUUAACACCUAAGAUGUCUGUUGCACAAAUUUGUCAAAAACUUAUAUAAUGACACACCUUUUUUUUUUUCAAAUUUAAGUCUCUCAAGCAUUAGGGGAGCUUUCCCCUCUAUCUUCAUAAAAUUAAAUAUAUGAAGUUGCUGAUUCUUCGCUGCCUUAUUGCUCUGAUUUUAUCCUCAACUUUGUAUACUGUAUUUUUUUACAUGAAAAAUGAAAAGGGCUUCACUUUUAGUAAUCAACUGUACUGCUUUAUUUUUGCCUGUCUAUUGGUCAUUAUAUUUCCACCCCCGUGUGUCUUCCCCCAUUUAAAUCCCAACAAACAGGUCCUUUUUAAUAUGAAAAUAUUUUUUCUAAAUUUUCUUUUAGCAUCAUAAUAGCAUUCUGUUAUAAACUUAAUAAUCAUGCUUACAUUCUUUAUUCAGGAUAAACUAAAACUCUGUUUGUUCAUUUAAUUUCUUUAGAACAGUGAAUGAAAAUCUUUACCCCUUCAAUGUUAUUUUAUUAUAUUGACAUAUGUUCACCUUGUUCAUCCGAGAAUUGCAUUUUUUUUGCAUUUUGAUAAAUCAGGGAAUGCAAUCAAAAUCAUAUCCAAAA